AUGUUGGCGAAUGGACGAGCCCUCGCGCAGUUAUGCACGGAUGACUUGUACGAAAUUAAACUUUCAGGCCCAUUAUUUCUUUUACAGGAUGGUCGGUGGCGAUCUUUAUAUGGAUUAUUGAAAGCUAAUUUAUUAUUUCUUUUUAAUCAACAAUCAAAUAUUGGGGUUGAAGCACCAUGUAUAAUUCUCAUUUUGGAGGAUUGUUAUAUGGAAUUGUGUGAUGACAAUGUAACAAAAAGAUCGUACUCUUUUCAUACCUUGUCAGUUUUCAGAACAGGGCGAAAAUUUUUGUUUGCAGCGAAUAGCUAUAGAGCUUUGGAGAGGUGGAUUUCGUUGUUAACUGUCUCUUCCUUGGAAUAUAUUGCUAUUACUAAGCAGUCAUUUUUAGAGCAAUUAACUGAUGUUGGAAAAAAGACAUAG